GGUGGGGCCGCCACGGGACGCCAGGUCCGGCGGAGAGCGUAGGGGUGGGGGCCGAGAGGGAAGUGGGCGGGAGCAGCGGGCAGAGUCGCCAGAGUUGCUGGCGGCCGCGGGGACCUGAGCAGGUGGGACCCCGCGCGGGCCCGGCCGGGAUGAGCAAUGGCAUCGGUCAAGGUGGCCGUGAGGGUCCGGCCUAUGAAUCGCAGGGAAAAGGACUUGGAAGCCAAAUUCAUUAUUCAAAUGGAGAAAAGCAAAACAACAAUCACAAACUUAAAGAUACCAGAAGGAGGGACGGGGGACUCAGGAAGAGAACGGACCAAGACCUUCACUUACGACUUUUCUUUUUAUUCUGCUGAUACAAAAAAUCCAGAUUAUGUUUCACAAGAAAUGGUUUUCAAAACCCUUGGCACAGAUGUUGUGAAGUCUGCAUUUGAAGGUUAUAAUGCUUGUGUCUUUGCAUAUGGGCAAACUGGAUCAGGAAAGUCAUACACUAUGAUGGGAAAUUCUGGCGACUCUGGCUUAAUACCUCGGAUCUGUGAAAGGCUCUUCACUCGGAUAAAUGAAACCACCAGAUGGGAUGAAGCAUCUUUUCGAACUGAAGUCAGCUACUUAGAGAUUUAUAAUGAACGUGUGAGGGACCUACUUAGGCGGAAGUCAUCUAAAACCUUCAAUUUAAGAGUCCGUGAGCAUCCAAAAGAAGGACCUUAUGUUGAAGAUUUAUCCAAACAUUUAGUACAGAAUUAUAGUGAUGUAGAAGAACUUAUGGAUGCAGGAAAUAUCAAUCGCACCACUGCGGCGACUGGGAUGAAUGACGUCAGUAGCAGGUCUCAUGCCAUCUUCACCAUCAAGUUCACUCAGGCAAAAUUUGACUCUGAAAUGCCAUGUGAAACCGUGAGUAAGAUCCACUUAGUUGAUCUUGCUGGAAGUGAGCGUGCCGAUGCCACUGGUGCCACGGGAGUUAGGCUGAAGGAAGGGGGGAAUAUUAACAAAUCCCUCGUGACUCUGGGAAAUGUCAUUUCUGCCUUAGCCGAUUUAUCUCAGGAUGCAGCAAACCCUCAUGUAAAGAAGAAGCAAGUUUUUGUGCCUUACAGAGAUUCUGUUUUGACUUGGUUGUUAAAAGAUAGCCUUGGAGGAAACUCUAAAACUAUCAUGAUUGCCACCAUUUCACCUGCUGAUGUCAAUUAUGGAGAAACCCUAAGUACUCUUCGCUAUGCAAAUAGAGCCAAAAAUAUCAUCAACAAGCCUACCAUUAAUGAGGAUGCCAACGUCAAACUCAUCCGUGAGCUGCGAGCUGAAAUAGUCAGACUGAAAACACUGCUUGCUCAAGGGAAUCAGAUUGCCCUCUUAGACUCCCCCACAGCCUUAAGUAUGGAGGAAAAACUUCAGCAGAAUGAAGCAAGAGUUCAAGAAUUGACCAAGGAAUGGACAAAUAAGUGGAAUGAAACCCAAAAUAUUUUGAAAGUAAGGACUAUGAAAAGGUGUCUUAAUUUUACAAUGCUGGCUUUUAAAUAGGUAAAACUUUUUCUU